AUGUCAGAGAACUUGACCGACCAGCUGGACCGUGAUCUGGCGAGGUGCCGGUGGUUCAGCAUUCAGUGUGACGAGUCGGUGGACAGCAGCAGUACGGCACAGCUGAUGGUCUUUAUCCGGAUGGCGUUUGAGGAAUUCUCCACAAAAGAAGAACUUCUGACACUACUGCCCCUGGAGACAACAACGAUGGGAAUUGACAUUUAUAACGCAGUGAAGGAGUUUUUGGUGGAAAAAAAGUUCUUCUGGGAAAAGAACAGCCAAAAGAGGAUCAUCCAGUCUCUGCGCUCGGACAGCGGUCGCCUCAUCACGGACUCUGCCGAGGUCGGGAGCUUUGCCACACGCUCUGUCAUCGGAGGCCGGUUUGGGGAUGGUCUGCCUCAGGUCAGUGACGAGGAGCAUAAGAAACUGGAGGCCCCACUGAGUCUGGCUGAACUGAGCUCUGCUGUGGGGAGUUUAAAGCCAGGUGUUUGUGGGGGGCUGAGGUACUCCAGCUGCAGCAGGAUGAGAGGGCAGCUGCUCAGCUUCCUCGUUGGACAGGCAAAGAUGGCAGUCUAUGUGGGCAGGAGGAGGAGGGUCCCGGACCAGAGUGAGGUCAGUCCCAGGGCUCUGCUGGUCCGGAUGGUUCAGGCCAGACUCAGGCUGGAGUUUGGAGUCUACAGGCUAAAUGGGGAUCAGGAGGGUUUUGAGGAGCGCCACCACGACUCCGUAAAGCUCAUCAAGUUCGCGGACGAUACCACCCUCAUUGGACUCAUCUGCAACAACGAUGAGUCCGCCUACAGGAGGGAGGUGGACCGGCUGGUGUCCUGGUGCAGUGGUAACAACCUGGAGCUGAACGCCCAGAAGACAGUGGAGAUGAUUGUGGACUUCAGGAAGAGCACUGUCCCCCCGCCCCCACCCUCCGUGAUGGACUCCCCCAUCACCUCUGUGGAGUCCUUCCGUUUCCUGGGCACCACCAUCACCCAGGACCUCAAGCGGGAGCCGACCAUCAGCUCCCUCAUCAAGAAGGCCCAGCAGAGGAUGUACUUCCUGCGGUAG